AUGAUUUCCGUGAAAAUCAAAGAAAUUGGCAGUAAUACAACAAGUACAAACAACCUACAGGCCAAAGGGGCGAUGCGCCUCUCCACUUUCUUGUCAUGUGCCUCAGCUUGCGAGCGUGACUGGCUUGCGAGUCUAGGGUUUUGGUGUUCACUCUCGAAAUUUAACGACACCGCACGUUGCACUCUAUCUACUAGUACUUCCAUGACGUCUUACAUUGUAAUCGUGGACGCAGGAUCAAGCGGCACCCGCCCAUUCAUCUAUGCUUAUCGUAGCUAUGAGCGUGACGGACCACGGAUUUACAACGCCAAAGUUGCCGAGGUGCUUCGCAACAACGGGACCGCCGUCGAAGGGAACAACAAGCAAGGUUCAGCUUUAUCUUCUUGCAUCAUGGCAGGUAUCGACAAAUUUGUCAAAUGGGAGGACGUCGUUAAGAAGGCCGUCGUUGACGAGGCCAACCUCAAGGUAUACCUCAAGGGCGUACUCGACAAAGUCGAAGAGGUCCUCAAAAAGAAGGGUGUCGACGAACUCAGCGACGUCACUUUAUGUUUAUAUGCUACGGGUGGCGUGCGGUCACUUGAGAAAUCCCUACGAGAUGCCCUGUUCGAAUUCUUGGAGGACUUCGUCUACUACGGCGAAUACGACGGCGGGUACACGUUCAGCAAACCAAAGAAGCGGGUUGCAGGUGACAAUGGAGUUACUGACGGUGCUGAUGAGAGUAUGGAGGCCAUUGACGGCGCGAAGGAGGCAUUAUUUGGUUGGGUUGCGGCCAAUUACUCACAAGGGCACGCUCUAUCCGAUUACCGGAAAUAUGUGGAGAUAGGCGGGGCUAGCGCGCAGAUCGCAUUCUUGGUGGAUGAGGUUGCGGAAAAUGGCAACGCUGACGAGGAUGUUGCGGCCAUCAAUACUUCGAAAGCAGAAGAGGAUUCUGCCCAGACGAAAGUUGAGAAGCAGGGUGCUUCGGAUGUCGCACUUAUGGUGAACUUGAAAAUGGCCAAGUUGGACGUUGAGGCGGCGGAGAUACGGGCCGAAAUGUGGACGAACCCUGUCAGUGCCGCAAAUAGGGUGGCUUUGUCUAUUGGAGUUCACGAUACUCGGGUUGCGAAAGUAGAGGAAAUUGGGGACAGGAACGUGUUUCUGGCAUCAUUCCCUUUGGGGGUGAAUGUUGGGUACGAGGCGUACUUGAAAGCGCUUACCGAAAACAAGAUAUCACUGAACGACGACGAGGACGAUGUGCCUGUGCCGAAAUUCAAUCCGGGUCUUAAAGCGGGCGAUAAGAAGAUUCUCUAUGAUCCUAGUCGGCGUGCAGGGUACUCAAAAGAUAUCCAACAUGACUGGAGGGUAUGCGGCAUGGAGUACACGGACAACACUCGACAACUGGUAAUGGGCGUGGCCGCUCAGGCUAUUGACGACUUACACAUCUUGGAAGACCGCGGUUACAAGGCGCUGGAAAGGAUGCAAAUCCUGGAUAAUCUCGCGGCCAUCUUGCACAGAGACAGCGAUGACCCUGAGGUCAUUGGCGGGAGCGUUUUUUGGCAUGCCACGCGUCUGGGGGGUGAUGAUGGCUACAAUCUCGACCUUGACAAGUUCUUGAAAGCGUUGGAGACAAGCCGCGAAAAGAAGCAUGGUGAAUACCCCGAAGGAACGAAGAAGAAGAACGAACAGUUCUUCGACAGCAAUUAUUUUGCAGGCGCCUGGCUGCAUCAGGUGCUGGAGUGGGGCUUUCAGAUCUCUCCGAAAAGCGUGCUACUCACACCUUACAACGGCAGUAACGGUCGCUUGAGCUGGACGCUUGGCGCUGCUGUCCUCUAUGCCAGCCCAAAUCUUGAACAUUUGUGUAACGGCAUUGAUCACAGGUGCUGCUCCUAAUCUUGAUGUAGUCGUAUACUUCAUAGGUAGCUCUGUCGUCUGAAUCCGCCAUAGAAAUAUAUCAUGUGCCUAGUUUUGCAACUUGGUUCUUGC